AUGCUUCAACUUCCCACAAUUUUCCUUGCUAUCCUUGGUUUAACUCGAGCUGUUGUCCUCCCUCGGGAUCUCGCUACUGGCGCACACGGAAGGGAUUGGCAGUCAGCGGUCCAGAACAUAAACGGCAUGAAUUCGAUCCUUACACUUCUCCCCGUCUUGACGGGUAAGGUGCAGAAUGUCAAACUCAUCGCCAGUCGCUCCCUUCCUGCAUCGUUUGUGGUGGCUGGAAUUGGCGCCGGGCGCGUGUUGUCUAAGUUGCAGCUGGGCAUCCUCCUGUGGAGUUUCGAGCUCUACCGCAACACCGUGGCCGAGUUGUCCUACGCCCACGACGAGUACGUGAACCGAUUCAUGCCAAAGCUGCGGCAUAUCCCUUCGGGGACAGCUGAACGUCACACGACAAGCCUCAUCAUCAACCACAAUCCCGCCGAAGCCUACAUGGUCGAGGCGUGGUUCAAAGCACGAGGGCGCGCGUCCACUGUUCAACUGAGGCAGAACAACUACGUGAGGUUGUUAGUGGGAUCCGUCAUCUAUCUGGCCCUGUACAGUGGGGAAACCUUUCUGGCCGUUCAGAACGGGGCGGAGGGCACUGGCCGGCUGUUGACCGUCGUGCAAACCGUCUGUGUCUGCCUGUGGCUGGGUGCUGUAGUCAUGACCCAAGUUGCCCGCGGCCAGGGCAAAUCUGAAGUUCAGCUCAAUCGGUUGGGGUCUCCUGAGUACCGUUGUCUUCAGAUACCUACAGCUGGGGAGCACGUCACUUGCGCAAUCCUCAGUUUCCACCUCAACAACCUCAGCGGAUUCCAAGUGUAUCGUGCGAAUUACGAGCAGCCAAUCUUGAGGGUUGCCGGUGGCCUGAUCCUCAUCAGCGGUGUUCUUGACUUGGUUUCGACCGUCUUAAUAGUCGGCCUCACGGCGUGGGCAUACCCAUGGAUCGGGCUGGAGGUCGCCAUCAUCCUCGCCAAGGUCGUCUUCUGCCUCGAACCGACCCGCGAAAUAGAGAUUGCCAGUGUUGACGCCGGUGGCAGCGCGCCAGUUCAAGGUGGCCCCGAUCCUCUACCUCUCCAGAUCCAGCUCGCGGAUCACUUUGUCUGCCAAAGGGUCACGACCGACCACAACGUCAUCCGCGACACGAACACUGACCUGGACUGGCAGUCAAACUCGGCUGGGUUGUGGAUAGGGCAGGCGUACAUCGCGUCAGAUGGCGCCGGCGGUAUUUCCACGAGGCACCUGUCUUUGAAUGGGCAGAAGAAACUUGCCUUGGUCGCCGAUGAGCCAGAGAAGCAGGACAACCAGGCAUUGCAGCGCGAGUUUCUAGCGGCUUUGGCAAGCGUGGUUGAGGCCAAUGUCGUGCCCAGUGAGAAGUUCAUUGCGGCCGUUGAGCAGACUUUGGACAACAUCAAGCGCACAAUGGCGGUCAACUGGUUUGCAUUUGGGUCGAAGGACGUGAUGGACAAGGUCAACCGGGCUCGACGCAAUCGGAGAUGGAGGCGGUUUCUGUAA